UCUGCGCAGAAUGAUCGCCGUGAACGCCUCCAGCUCUCCCAGACAGACACAUACAAUCACAUGACAAGGCUAGCUUGUUGUUUCCUGGUUGCUCCUGCGGUCUCCUGAUCCGCCGCUUGUAACACUAUCAUUUUUAUUGUUUAUUUUAUUAUUAUUGCCGCGGCGGCGGGUCCCGGUGUCAGGCAUGGCGGACGGCGAGAAAUCCCCGCUCCUCUCCUACGAACCAAGCGACUUAGCUAUCGGCGGAAGCGGCGCAGUGUUGCCCGGGCCAGCGGCGGCGGCGUACGGGCUGCCCUGCCAGCCGCAGAACCUCCCCUCAGUUCUCCCGAUCGAGGAAGACCUUCCUCCUUACUCCCUAAUGAUGUCGGGCAGCACUUCCAAGAUCAACUGUCGUGUAUGUCAGUCCCUCAUUAGUGUGAAGGCAGACAGCCACCAGCACCUUGUUAAGUGUGGGGUCUGCAACGAGGCAACGCCCAUUAAGAACCCUCCUCCUGGUAAGAAGUAUGUGCGCUGUCCUUGUAACUGUCUCUUGAUCUGCAAAGCAACUUCACAGAGAAUGGCCUGUCCCCGUCCUUACUGUAAGAGAAUUAUAAACUUGGGUCCAGUGGAGUCAGAUUCAGGUCCUGUCAGCCCAGAGCUGCAGCCUUGUGGAGCCAGAGUGAGCUGUGGACACUGCGCUCACACAUUCCUGUGGACUGACUUUACAAAGAAGAAACUCGCCAGAUGCCCUCACUGUCGGAAAGUGUCCUUUAUUGGGCGGCGUUACCCCUGGCAACGCUGUGUUUACUUUUUCAUGCUGGGUCUCUUCUUUGCUGUCAUCGCUGGAGGACUAAUGGCUGGCACUUGGCAGGAGGCUGAACAGUACGGAGCGAUCUAUGCCAUCUGGGCUGUGGUUCUGGUUCUGUGUGUGGUUUGUCUGGGUUGGGCGGUUUACUGGGCCUGCAUUAAAAUCAGCGAGCCUGUACAGAACUACACAUAGAGGGAAAGAGGGAGGAGAGGAGGAGGAAGAGGAAGGAGAGGGGUGGAAGGGAGAGGGGUGGGAGAAAAGGAGAGAGAGGAGCUGAUUUAUAACUAUACUGAUUAAACUGGAGAGAGUGAGAGUUAGAGGAGCGGGGGGGGGGGGGGGGGUACAGAGACAGACAUUAUUAUAAAAAGUUUCUUGUUAAAGGAGAAUUCAAAAGUAAGGCAACACACCCGCCUAUUGCUACAAAUGUGCCUUACAGUAAAAAUCCAGAGUGAGUGAGAGAGAGGAGGGAUGGAGCAAAAGAGAGAGAGAGAGAGAGAUGUUAAUUAGCCAAUCUCAAUAAUAAUAAUUGUUCUGUCAUUAAAUUCAAAUUGACUUUAUUAGCAUGAAAAAAUAAGUGUUGUCAAAGCACAUACAUGGCACAAACAACAACAAUAUAUACAAAUAAAUAAAGAAAAUGCAGUGCACAUAAAUAUAUAUAUAUAUAUAUAUAUAUAUAUAUAUAUAUAUAUAUACACACACACAUAUACAGCAGCCUCCAGGAUCAUUCAUACCCCCAAUACACUGCAACUGGUUUGAGCAAAAUAAAUGCAAGCGCUCUCCCAAGACUGUCCGCAUGAAAGCUUCAAGACCAUCGGCACUGGACACUGCCAAGAAAUAUCUGAAAACACGACGUUCAAACCUCUUCACACCCUUUAAAUUAAAAUGCAGUUAUCCCAGACAAACAUGCCCCCACAAUUCCUCAUGCCCAAUCUAUCCAUGCUACAAACACCGAACGCACACCUGCAUCUUCCACCAAAACUUUCAGUUACAUUGUAUCAAGUGCAUGAACAGUCCCAGAGUCCACUGCACACAUGCAUAUACAUACAUAUAAACACUUCCCUUACAGGAUAUGUCGAUCCGCUUUUAUCUAAGUCAGCAAGCAACACUUAUAAGCCGUAUAAAACCGUAUAAGACAAAAUGUGUUCCAUUUCCUUACCCUAAGCACAGUAAGUAUGUAAGCCACAGCAUACUCUAGCCUGUCUCAGCAGUCAGGUGAGCGAGCAAUCAGGAAUCCUGUUUGUGACGCCAAUUCUGUAAGAAAUAUUUUUAGAACACGGAAACAAUACAAUAGAGGUCAAGCUUAAACAGUUUGACAAGUUUAUUGUCUUUUGGUCACAACGACCACAGAACUGGAAGCUCCUCUCAAGGAUACUUAGUGAGAUACAUCUUCCCUGUCCCUUUAUACAGUUCUCUCCCUACAGCAAAUCAGCAUUAGGUUACAAAGUACAAGAAAACAAAAAAGUACACAUAUUCAUUUGAUUGGUUAAAGACUUAUUCCCAUUGUAAAUAUUUGCUAUGCCAGAUCUUAUCGUGGCACAAGGUUUAUGGCUGGCCAUCUGCACUUUACCAGGUAAAUAUUUAAUAAUAGCUAACUCACCCAGACACUAUAGCCCACCUCACACUUAGCACACAGAAUUCCCUGAGAGUGCAAUUUGUCAAACUUUUGCUCAGGUUUGAGCUUUGCUGUUACCCAGAACACUUGAUAAUCAGAGAAACACAAAAACACAUUCUUCACCUGAAAAACAUCUUUCAUCUGUAAAUGUUACAAAAUGUGAUGGCUCACAGACCUGUACAAUUAUAAUGUUGAGAUCUGUUUCCAUGGGUAAGGGUGCCGUUAGUGUUAGGAGUUUAUUAUAGGAGAGUAUUACUAAUUUGUUUUGGCCUUUCCUACUUUUAUUUAUUCAUAUAUAUAUAUAUUCCAAGAAAGUAAUGGUGUUUGUAUGUGAGUGAUAAUGAUUUAUAAAAGUAUUUGAAAGGGAAGCGGGAAGGGGCAAAUAUGUGUACUAUUCACUGGUAAACACUUCAGUUUGCCCUCUUGUGUGAAUUAUAAUUCAUAAAAACUAAACCUCCAGCACUGCGAUCCAGGCAGCUUGCUGAAUGUGCGCUCAUUCACACCCCUGAAGUAUGUCUGGUUGAUGUUUUCAUCUGUAGGUGAGUUUGGGCUCAGUACAGGCGUCAGGAUCUACGGUUGUAAGGGGUCGCCACUGUCUGAUUGUGGCAAUUUUAUGUCUGCUUUUCAGAGUUCUUAAAAUAAUCACGAAAAUAUGAGGCCCGCAAUUACUGACAGCUUUAAUAAAUUAGUUGGAAUAUUAGAACAUAAGAACAUAUUUGAUAGACCUCAUUUGCAAAAUCUCUCAGAAACCCCAGAAUUACAUAUGCAUAUGCACAAUUACAUAUGUAUCAAGGGCUAAAGUGCAAAGAGACACCACUCCCGGAAAUUACAUCUUAAUUGCGUGUUUAUGCAUUGCGUGCCUUUUAUAAAUCCAAACCAAAAAUUGAGAACCCUCAAUGCCAUUUUAUACAGUCGUAAAACAUCCUUUGUGCAAUCC